UUUCCAUUUUUGAUGAGGAAACUGAGGAUUAAAAAGGCUAAAUAAAUUUCUUAAGAUUAAACAGCUAGUAGUGGAGCAGGAACUCUACUGAACUCAAAACCGUCUCACUUUAAAGUCUGUGCCCUCAACUAACUACCCUAUAUAAUCUCUCUUUAAAUGUCCUAGAUUGAACUUGUCAAUAAACUUGAUCCUAUCCUCUUCAUCGUAUGCCUAAAAUUCCUUGUUUCUUAAACAUGCAGUUUUUCUCUUGCAGUCUUUCCUACUAAGUAGCUGACCAGCUUCUUUCUGCUCCCAUUCUUCUAGUAUCCUAGGUACUAAACAGCUUAAAAUAGCAGACUCCUGUCAUGAGUUGGGGUUUAUUUACCCUAUAGGAAAUGGCUUCAGAGGAAGAAAAUGGGAGUGAUCUAAGCCAUGGGUCAAGUUGCUGAGGUGGGAAGAAAAGAUUUCCAAGGGCGUAUGAUAGAAGAAAGGCUUUCCUAUUCCUUUCAUUUGCCUGCACUAAGACUCCCAAAUGCCUAGGAUCUAGAACUCCUUAUGACUUUGUUUACUCUCUUUUGUACUCAGGCAGGGUGGGCUUCAGAUCUGUGGAUUGCAGCAACAGAAACUGUGAUACUUUUUAAAAAAAAUUUGGUAGCUCACUAUUUUAGACAUCAAUUCAUUUACAGAUGUCAGGCAUUGAUCUAGAUACUGGAUCAAAACAAAGCUGAGAACAAAACAAAGAACCUACCUUCCUGGAUUUUAUAGCUUGCUGAGAGACAACAGACAAUUAACAAAUACAUAAUAUAGUGGCAAAUAGUGAUAAAUGCUAUGAAGAAAAAUAAAGUAGGGUAAAGGGACAGAAAAUGAUGAAGGUAUCCUUUGGGCAGAAGAGAAAAAAAAAGAAAAUGAUGAAGGGUGAUGGUGGGGUAGGGCUGCUAAUUUAGUUUGGGUGGUCAGGAAAGAUCCUUCUGAGGUGGUAUUUGAGUAAGAUCCACAAAUAAAUUUGAGAAACAAGAUGUCAGCAUAUCCGAAGAAAAAACAUUCUGGCAGAAUAUACAGCCUUGAGGUGGAAGUGAGCUUGUCAUGUUCGAAGAAAAUAAGGAGUCCAUGUAGAUGGAGCAGACUGAAUGAGGAAAAGAGUAGUGGGAGAUGUGGUUUAAGACUAUCCAGGGACCAAGGGAAGCCACUUGAAGAUUCUGAACAAAAGAGUGAAAGAGUCAAAUUUAUAUUCAAAUAGGAUAGAUAUGUCUUGCUGCUGAAUAAAGUACACAAUAUAAGGAGGCAAGGAUGGAAGCAAGAGACCAAAUAGCAUAACAGUGGUAGAGAAUUUGAGAAGAUUCAGAUUCAGGAAAUCCUUUGAAGAUAGAGCUAAUAAGAACUGCUAAUGGAUUGAAUAUGGAGUGUUCAGCUUUAGCCAAAAGUCUUUGGGUUUUGGCUGAGGCAGCUAAUUGAAUGAAGGUGCCAUUUACUGGGAUGAAGAAAACUGAGAUGGGGAUUAAGUUUAGGAGAGGAAAAUAAGAGUUUGGUUUUAGAUUUGUGAGAGACUGACUUUCAAGUUCUUGGGGAGAAUGGGCCUCUAGUAGCUGCAGCUGGUGUUAACCUUUUACAGGGGCAUGUCUAAGCGGAGGUGAGGGGGCAGAGAAACAGAAGAAAUAAAGUUCCCUUUGAGUAAUCUCCCAGAUAUUCAAGUGAUAAAAAAAAGCAGGUUAGUCAUCUCAGCCUGACUUAUACACACUGAUUUCAGGGCAAGAAAAAAUCUCUUCUCUCUUCAAAAAAUAUUCCAAUUUCUAUUGUUUCAAAAUUUCUGAAUUUAAAUUAAGUUUAUCCCACAAUUAGCGGUAGCAUAAAAUGUAAAUAGCUUGAGAGAGAAUCCAAUGUGUAUGAGUUUUUAUCAAAGUAUAACUGAGAGCAGAUGAAGUCCCAAAUGUUUAAAAUAAGAAAAUGUUUUUGUGAAGAGAAAGGAUGUAGAUAUUAAAUAAAACAAAGAUUUUAUUAUUUUGCUUUGGCACUGCCCUAUUUAUCAUAAUUUUUAAGUGAGAAACUACAGAGUGUUUGUAUCUUGAAGUAUCAUCUAAGUUUAUACCCAAGGGGGGGAUUAUGCAUUUAAAUUGUUUCUCUUCCUCACAUUUUAUUCCUUUCUAUCCUUUAACCUUUACUCUUUUCCCAAAAAUGUUCUUCAACUAGAAGUCCUGUGGCUUGAUUGAGACUUGUUACCUCUCUUCUAGGGCCAGAUAUCAAACAGGUGGCCCCUGGAGAAUGCUACUUAUCUGUGCAGUUCUCCAUUUGAUGUUGCAGUGUGCUGGUAUCCUAGGGGAAGGGUACCACAUUUAACACCAGAAAGGAUUUAAGGCAGCUUUGCAAUUUUUUUCUAAUUAUCAGAGUAACAUAAGAUUAUUGCAAAAUAUUUCAACAAAAAAGUAAAAAAAAAAAAAAAAGAGAGAGAGAGACUAUUUGAAUUCCUACUUACUAGAGGCAAUCCCAACAUUUUGGCAUAUUUCCUUCCACUGUCUUAUGCAUUUUGUUUUUUUCAUAACUGAGCUCUUUAUUGUAUAGGCAUUUUUGUUACCUGCUGUUUUUGCUUAAUUAUUGUAUAUAUGUUUGCCCCUAUCAUUACAUUUUUUUAGCUACACAAUCACCCAUAACAUCGCUACACCAUAGUUUACUCAAGGUGGCUUCUGAUUAUUUAUAAUUACAAAUAAUACUGCGAUAAAUAGCUUUGUGCAUAAAUCUUCACUUUUCUUUUGGAUGACUAAAGGAGGAAUUGGUAAAUUAAAUGUAUACUUUUUGUAAAGCUUCUGAUACAAAUUGUUACAAUGAUUUCUAGAAAGGUUGUUAAAUUAUACUUGGGAAGGGAAGGAGAGAGCUAUUGGAACUAUUGGAUCUGGUAGAAAAUAUCUGACAGCAAUUCUUACAAAGUACUAUGCCCCUGGAAGAACUCUUUCUCUCUCUGGAAAAGGGAUUAUUUUAAAGUAUUAAAAUUAUUACAUCAGAUUUGCCACACCACACAAUAUAUAUGGGUCGUCAGGCAGAAAGGAGAAUUCAGAAUUUGAAUUAGAAGUCAUACAUAAGCUGACACAUCAGAAAUGACCAACUUGGGAAACUAACACUGUUAAAGGACUCAACUAUUUUAAGCGGUGGUUCAGAUAUUAAUUUUGAUUAUACAGUAUCAGGUUUAAUUUUGUAUGAUUUCAUGCUAUUUAAUGAGAGACAAUGAGUGUUUUUCAAACUGUGGUUCCUAAUCCAUUUGUAAAUUAUAAAAUCAAUGUAUUUUCUAUGUUAUUUUUAAAAAACAAAAUAGAAUGAAAAAAUAUGAGAAUGCACUGCGAUCAUUUCAAUGUGUGAUUUCAUAAUUUACAAAUGGAUUAGGACCCACAGUAUUAUUCUGUGAUACUUUUGUUUCAGUUACAUGUGUAUAUAUUAUAGAACACAUUUAUUACUGUGGGAUGUGAUUAAGGACAAAAAUAGUUUGAAGCUACUGGGCUUUGGAAUUAGCCAGAGCAAGUUUGAAUCAGAGCUCUGCAUGGCUUUUACCCAUUAUCUAACUUCUAAAUGACUCAAUCACCACAUUGAAAAAAGAGAGUAAUAAUAUAUCCUUUCUGGUUUGUGUGUGUGCAUGUUGCGUGUGUGUAUGAAGAUUACAUAUUACUUAAGCAGAAUGCCUAAAAUAUAGUCAAUGAUUAAUAUAUAAUUACUUCCAAAUCUUUUCCCAAAUAAUGUCCUCCUUGUAAAAGUACUUCCUUCACUGAAGGAAGACAAGGUGUUUUAUUGAUGACUACAUCUGUUAUGCUACAGUCUACUUUUAAAACACCUCUGUCAGUCUUUUUCUCCAAUUUGGUUUAGUAGAAAGAUGAGCACAUAGUUCUUUCCCCUUCCUGUUCUCUCAUUGUACUUAACUAUAUUAUGGAUUUUGGCUCUUUACAUCUGUUAUAGAUGGUCUAAUUGUUGCCUAGAUCAGUUACCAAACACUUUCAAACCUCAUCUAGUUCUUAAAAUAGUGGCGGGCGCAUUGCAGGGUGCCAGAUGAAAAUCGGUUGAGUUUGCUCUACAGCACACCUUUUGCAAAGUAUCACUUGUGGUGUACCGGGAAGCAGCUGUAAUGCUGAUUCCGCCGGCAUUUCUCACUCAAUCUACUCCAUGCUAAACAGGCCAGUUAGGCAUUAAGUCAUGCUCUGGGUAGUACAAGUGGAAAGUGUGAACAGAGAAACCACUUUAGGUGAGGACAGUGGAAAAUGAGAUCCUCCUUUCCUCUCCCCACUCCUGGUCCCAUCCAGGAGGGGCACUUAAGAGUGCGGAGGCCCAGGGACCAGCCGCGCACGGGCGUCCCAGCUUGGAGGCUGGCGGCGGGCAGGCACGCUCUCCUGCGCUGAGAGCCCUUCUGAGGAGAUGAACUCUCGAGUGCCGCCGCCGCGCGCGGGCCCGAUCGAUAACCGGCGGGCAGACGUGCUCCCGCCUCUGAGGGCAGCCACAGGAUGUUGGAGUUAGCUGCCCGGCCGCUCGGUCGCACUUCUCAUCAGUUCAAUACCCGCAGAGGAGGUGCACCGGUUCCCUUGCGGACACCCACCCCGUGGUCUCCGCCGCACCCCUGCCCACCGCCCCUUCCCCUCGGCAGUUCAGCGCAGGGCGGGAGGUUUUCAGUCAGACGCCCUCGCCUGGCGGGAAGCCGGGUCCCGGCCCGCGUGUAGGGCGUCGUGAGGUAGUCUCUCCGCCCGGCUCCCCAGUGGGGCGCUCCGCGGAAGCGGCCGAGGCGGGGAAUGUCUAGCUCCCUUACACUCUGAACCUUACCUUCUGGCGUCUUCGCCCAGGAGGCGGCGGGGGGAGGCGGACCCAGCUGGCCUCAGGGGCAGGUCCGCGGCGCUAUUAGGAGGGGCUGAGCGUGCGCCGCCGAAGCCAGAUUCGUCUACUCGGGUGAGUCAAGCCGAGAGAAAGCCCCGCCCCCGGGGCCCGCUCCCACUCCUGAUUGGCCGGACCAGCCCGGGGCGGCCAGGCGGGGCCCCGGCGGGAGUCUCAGCUAUAAAGACAGCCCCGGCAUGAGAGCCGCUGCGAAGCUCUUCUAGUUCAUCCGCUGGCGGGCUCUCAGCGUCCGUGGAGCCUCUUUCCUCCUGUCUCCUAGCGCUCUCGACUCCACCAUGCCAAGGGGCUUCCUAGUGAAGCGAACUAAACGGACAGGCGGCUUAUACCGAGUUCGGCUUGCGGAGCGUAUCUUCCCUCUGUUGGGGCCCCAGGGGGAGCCGCCCUUCCUGGAGGAGGCUCCCAGCGCCUCCUUGCCCGGUACUGAGCGGGAGGCGCCCCCCACCCAGGAGGAACCAGGAAAGGGGCUGACGGCGGAGGCGGCCCGGGAAUUGUCGGGGUCUCCAUGUCGAGCGGCUGGGGUGAGCCGGGGGGCGGGCGGGCGGGAAGGCGCGGAGUGGCGGGCGGGUGUCAGGGAAGGUCCCGGGCCCAGCCCCAGCUCUAGCCCCAGCCCCAGCCCCAGUCCCGCGAAGCCGGCGGGCGCAGAGCUGCGUCGGGCGUUCCUGGAGCGCUGCCUCAGCUCGCCCGUCUCCGCCGAGUCCUUCCCCGGGGUCGCCGCAGCCGUUGCAGCUUUCUCCUGCUCCGUGGCACCAGCAGCCGCACCGACCUCGGGGGAGCAGUUCCUACUGCCUCUCCGGGCGCCGUUCCCAGAGCCCGCGCUUCAGCCGGACCCUGCGCCCCUCUCGGCCGCCCUGCAGGGUCUGAAGCGGGCGGCCGGAGGUGAGUGCCGCGCCAAGGCACCCACGGGCUGCGCGUCUGGACCCGCGACCGCGGGAAUCAAGAAGCCAAAGGCCAUGAGGAAGUUGAGCUUUGCCGAUGAGGUGACCACAUCCCCUGUCCUGGGCCUGAAGAUCAAGGAGGAGGAGCCCGGAGCGCCGUCUCCGGGGUUGGGGGGCAGCCGCACGCCGCUGGGAGAGUUCAUCUGCCAGCUCUGCAAGGAGCAGUACGCAGACCCCUUCGCGCUGGCCCAGCACCGCUGCUCCCGCAUCGUGCGCGUCGAGUACCGCUGCCCUGAGUGCGACAAGGUGUUCAGCUGUCCUGCGAACCUGGCCUCCCAUCGCCGCUGGCACAAGCCGCGUCCUGCAGCUGCAAACGCCACCACAGCCUCCUCCGCCGACGGGAAGCCGCCUUCUUCGUCGUCUUCGUCCUCCCGGGACUCGGGGGCCAUCGCAUCUUUUCUGGCUGAGGGAAAGGAAAACAGCCGGAUAGAGCGGACUGCGGAUCAGCACCCGCAGGCUAGGGACAGCUCCAGGGCGGAUCAGCACCAGGACAGCGCCGCAAGGCAGGGCCUCCAGGUGCUGACACACCCAGAGCCACCGCUACCACAGGGCCCCUACACGGAGGGGGUGUUGGGGCGCCGGGUGCCUGUGCUGAGCAGUACCAGUGGUGGCGGGGGAUCUGAGAUUUUCGUGUGCCCGUAUUGCCACAAAAAGUUCCGUCGCCAAGCCUAUCUGCGCAAACACCUGAGCACUCACGAGGCGGGCUCGGCCCGUGCGCUAGCGCCGGGCUUUGGCUCCGAACGCGGUGCCCCACUCGCCUUCGCUUGCCCGUUGUGCGGGGCGCACUUCCCGUCCGCAGAUAUCAGGGAGAAGCACCGGCUGUGGCAUGCCGUCCGCGAGGAGCUGCUCCUGCCUGCUCUGGCGGGGGCUCCUCCCGAAACGCCGGGCGCAGGCGGGCCAUCUGACGAGAGUGCCCAGCAAAUUUUCUCGUGCAAGCACUGCCCGUCCACUUUUUUUAGCUCUCCGGGGCUAACCCGGCACAUCAAUAAGUGCCACCCCUCAGAAAGCCGGCAAGUGCUGCUGCUACAGAUGCCACUGCGGCCUGGCUGCUGAGAGCCAAGAGACAAGGAUGAUUUCGAGGCCGGCCUUAGAGGAAACAGAUGAUGGGAAUUUUUGUGGGGCUUUCUUCAACUUGCAAGUUUACUUUCAUUCCUUCCUAUGUUUUCUCUCCUAAAAUUCUCCCUAUAGUCAGUGAUCCACCAGAAGAACGGCCAGUGAAAUGUAAAAUCCCUCUUUAGAGCAGGUAUGUAUAUGGUACAAACCCUUGAGAUCAAAGACUGUCAGCUUUAAAUCCUUCUCACUUUCCCCACUAAAAUAGGAUUUUUUCCCCCUUAAAACUCUUGAGACCCUAACGAAUCCUAUAUGAUUUGUAAUUCCUAUGGAAAGUCGCGGUGAAUGCGUGCAUGUCUCAAUGUCCACAAAGGGUUCUGGCUACUCUUUGGUAGUCACCAUUUUUUUUUCUCUUGCUAUCACAGGCGCCUGUGUAGCUUCUGUCUCAAUAGGGUCAGAUAUUUUGCAUUGUAUAUUCUGUGAAUUAAGUUAUGUGAUUGGUGCCAAACUUAAACAGAUUCAAGACCUGUGUCUGUGGGCAGAAAAUGUAAGAGGAGGUUUGCAGCUUUUAGGGUGUGUGGGGCUCUCCCCUGUGAACUUUCCUUCGCCCAGUUAUAUGUACAUUCUUAAGUUGGUGUUUGGAGGUGGGGAGUUGAGAUGCCCCCUAAAAUUCUCACCUUCAGCUAUUUUGUGUGCAGUAUUCAGGAAAAGCUACUUCAGACCUUUCCUUAAAUGGCUUUUUGGAAAUACAGAAGUCGUUUCCUCAAGUUUGACUGUUUUAAUGGGGUUUCACCCAAAUUGUUUAAUGCUUCUGCUGUAAAUCUCACUGUGUAUUCAUGAUGAAACUAUGUACAGCUUAAGGAAGAUGUUAACACCUAUAAUCCACUAAGGAACUGAAUGGCAAUUUGCUCAAUAUUCAGUAUUUUCUUUUCAGCAACUUGUUUUUGAAUCUUUUUUUGGUAAACCAUUUCCGUGUACAUUCUGUACUAAUUCCCUGCUAGCCAGAGUUUGGGACACUGGCUGAGCACUGCUUGACAGAUAGCCCGUAUCUGUAAGAUGCUUACCACCAAAUAAAUGUACAUAGACUGUG